AUGAAAGCAUGUACUGCAAGAGGUUUACUUGCUAUUGCUGUUAUUCUUGUUGGAACUCUUGAAAUUUUAUCAAGAAAAAUUGCUAAUAUUAAUUUUAAUAAAAGAACUCAUGAUAUAGUUAAUGUUAUUGAUAUUACUAAAUUAACUGACAAAACUCAUGUUUAUGUUUAUGGAGAACAAAAAAGAAAAGGUUUUUUGUUCUUUGAUAACAUGGGCUGUGGAUAUUCACGAUUUAACUUAUCACAGAGUGAUAUUCUUGAAGCUAUAGAAAAUAUUUCAUUAAUUGCUACUACUAAAGAAGGGUAUUUAGAUGUAUGUCAAAAUAUUAAUAAACACACAUAUCCAUUACUAGAAUCUUCUAAAACACUUAUGGAAUUGACGGCAGUUUUUGCUGUGGCAAAAUUUCUUCUCAUAACACCUAUCUUAAUUUACAAUACCGAUAGUCUUCGUCUUUUUCCAUUUAUCUUUUCAGUAGGUCUCCUUCAUGCGUUUGGCACAGGAACUACUAAUUUAAUGAUUAUAUUUUUAAAAUUCAAUUUUUAUGAGAUUAUUGGGUUGACGAAAUACGAGGCCAUCCAUCUGAAUCACUUUCCAAUAAUCAACACAAAUUCAUCAUACAUAUAUUCAAUGAUUGUUGAUUUUAUUUCACAUUUACUUUUUAUACUUUUUAUUUUUUUUGCAUGGAAAAAAAGAAAUUACGAAAUUAAAGAAUACGGAUAUUUAUCCUUUAAAUUAAUUACUUGA